AUGGCAAACCGAGUCCACGUCCGAGCACAGUUUCCCGCGGAGCGACAGAACCCAGAGCUCCCAAGUUCUACCGAGCCUAAGAGCAGGGGGGGUUUGCUUGUUGCAGUGGGCAAAACAUUUCGCACAGGCGCCGGUGGUCCCGGUCCGCGUCUUCUCAGCCGUCGCCUAUUUAGUGCCGCGCGCUUCGCAGGCUCGGACACUCCCCCCUGCCUGCUCCUCCUCGCACACUCCUCUCUUCUCGGUUCUCGCUCCCCGUUCCGCUCUCAAGUUUCUCACCGCCAUCCCCAAGCCUCCCGUCGCGGCGCGGCCGUGCGCCCGCCAUGGCAUCGGCAGGGUUUAACGGGAGCGUCAUAGAUCCCACUGCUUCUCGCUGCAAACAGUUGGCGGCAUUCAGUUUCAUCAGGUCAUUGGUCACGACAAUUGUUGCGGUGAUAAGAAACCCAACUCACCCCCCACCUAGCCAGUUUGAGUGCCCAAACUGCAAAUACUGCAUUGAUAACAGUGAUGUUUUAUCAUUGUGGCCAGGACUCCCUGCAGGUGUUAAAUUUGAUCCAACUGAUCUCGAAUUGCUUGAACAUUUAGAAGGAAAGGUUGGCAGGGCACCGUCCCAUGACCUAAUAGAUGGUUUUAUUCCAACCAUAGAGGAGGCCGAAGGAAUCUGCUAUACACAUCCGGAAAAUCUCCCUGGUACCAAGAUGGAUGGGAGAAACAAUCAUUUCUUCCACAAAAUAUCAAAUGCGUACGAUGUUGGCCAGCGCAAGCGUCGCAAGAUUAGCAACAGUGACCACACUAUUUGUGAUGAGCAUUUCAGAUGGCACAAAACUGGAAAAUCCAAACAUAUCUUUGAUAAUAAUGGUGUCAUAAAAGGGUGGAAGAAAAUAUUGGUUCUUUCCAUGCGUUCUAGGAAAGGCCAAAAAACUAAUUGGACGAUGCAUCAGUAUCACCUUGGGGUAGAUCAAGAUGAAAACCACGGGGAGCUUGUUGUUUCCAAAGUCUUUUAUCAGUCAAAGAAAGCUGGGCAGCCUGUAAUGUGCCCUGUUAAUGAAGAGUCUGAUUCAUUUGCUGGGGAAAUCGAUCCUACAACCCCAAUGGCAUACCCUCCGCAGCCUCGUCCCCCAAACAGUGGCUCAUCUAGAACCGAGCAGAAUCAGGAGGAGUACGCAAUGCUGUCUGGCCCGGAUGAAUGCCCAUCACGCGGCGCAACCCCGGACGCCACGUACCCUAGGAUGCAGCCUCUGCCUCUUGACACGGACGCUCUCCAGGGGUUGCCCGAUCCCGGAACGCCUCCGAGUUUCUCCCUUAUGGCUUCUUGGUUCACCGGAAGCUCGUCGCAUGCCAUGGAGGACGCACCGCUAUCUGGCCUGGAUGAACGCCUGUCACGCGGCCCAACCUCGGACGCCGCCUACCCUGAGGCUGAGGGGCAGCCUCUGCCUCUUGACGUGGAGACGCUCCAGGGGAACCCCUACCUCGGAACGCCUCCGGAUAUCUCCCUUCCGGACAUGCAGUUGGGGUCGCAGGACAUCUUCUGGGUGGAUAGCGUAUUUACAAGGGAGGAGGGGUUUUGAAGCAGCGACAGCGUGUUUUUCUCGUGAUGUUGUUUGUUGUAUAUCUGUGUGCAUGAAUGAUGGAUCGCCGAGAAAUUUUGCGUAUGAUCCUGGAGCUUCCCGAUGAGUGUACCUCGGCUAUGUUUACUGUUUGUAGUAGUAGCAGAAUUUUUUUUCUCAAAUGUAGGAGGGUCGCUCCCAAUUGCAUAGCCAUGAAACUCAUAAACAACUAUUUGUCCUCAAUAGUGUUUGAAACUUAUUAGUACAAAAUAAACUUACAUCUGA